UCAAAACUCAGUGUUUACUCGGUGGAAAGUAGUCGAUGGCCAAACAAUCGCCCCCGCCGACGGUACUUCGGGGCUGGGUGUGGACGCAACAUGCACUAUGGCGUGAAGAUGUCAAGUGCAAUGUACGCAUGGUUGACACGGUUUUCUUUGACCCCCAAACGAACCGGCCGUCGCGGUGGCUGUUUGCGUCGAAACACGGCGUCAUUUCCAAAAAGAAGGAUGACCAUUUGGCCCUAGAGAGCAUUCGCGACCGGUUCCUUCGUCUUAGUGUGCACCCACGCAACCCUCAAAAGUUUGUCGCACACUGCCUCUAUCGCAAUGGAAACCGCAAACUAGUGAAUGCCGCCCAAUUUGACGACAUCAUCAGUGCUUUGGGGUCACCUCGAGGAGGGGCCAAGCCCCCGUGCAUGCUCGGUUUGCAAAGCUUCGUCGUUCCCCAAGGGGACCCCCCGCUGACUCUUGUGGCGACAUUCAAGGACGGUCAAUGCGUUGUAUCAGCCAUCCUUCAAGACUCUAGCGAUUCUAUCGACAACACAGUCGUGUCCCCACGAUUGCGCAAAGAAGUUGAGCAUGCCACGCUGGAAAUCGUUCAGUUCCUCCAAGCCACCGCUCAUAUUGUCGUGGCCAAACUUACGGCAGAGUUUGUCGUCGACGACGAACACGCCCUGUGGCUCGUGCAUAUUCCAAACACCGCUAUCCAUAGUGAAGUGGGGUCUGACGACAGCAUGUCACAGCAAAUGCUGCAGCAGACGCAGUCGCUGCCAACUUUAAAGCUGACCACCGACGGUGGACCAAAAUGCCGGGGCGACUUCUGUGCCGUCCCGGUCAAUGCCUUGCCAGGACUGUUCCCUCUGUCUCCCCCCUCGCCAGCCUUGUUGGACGAUACCCGCGAGCGUUUCAAACUCGGCAACCACCACAUCCUCCUGGGUCGCAUGGGAAUGAAAUACAUGCAAGUGCGCCCAAGUGACGACUUGGCAACGGAGUGGGCUGCCGUGGACUCGAGCCAACGGUCGGAAUUGGGUCGAACAAACCCGGGCAACUUUUACAAACUAGUGCACGUGUGUCCGAACUGCAAUCGCACGUACACUCACAUCCAAGCGUUGCGCGAGACGCAAUUCCAACACCUAAACCUUGACACCCUCGACGAUGACCGGCAUCACGACGUGGUGGGAGGAGAACAACAACGGCCCUCAUCAACCAAGAAGAAUAGCAAAGCCAUCGCGAAGAAGACCAAAUUCAAAGGCGGGCCGCCCUUACUUGGCCCCAACAACAAUUUUAAACCCUCUGACGAGUUGAUGCGGUUCAUGGGCGUGCCCCCCCAAGAUACGUCUCCAGCAGCCCCAAGCUUAGACCUCGUUCAAGACCAACAACACGAAGCAGAGUUUCUCGCCGAAUUGGCAAAGCACUCCACUCCACAAACUCAGCUGCGUCAUUCGUUGCCUCCGGAAGCUGAGGACGACAGCUCGAUGCCGCUCCCAGCAAUCAUAGCCAAGCCAUCGCAACGUAGGAGCACCAAGAAAGCUCCCUCGAAAAGGGACAAAAGCGAAGCCAGCAACAACAACAACCAGCCCGUAUUAGCGCAAUUCGAACACGAGUGGAAUCAAAUGGAUCACGCGAAUCGGUCGUUGAUGCAGGAAAACCAGGCCUUGCGGGACAAACUACAGCAAUUGGACAGCCAAAUGGCCACAGACUCGCGACGAUGGCAGCAAGAGCUCAGCACUGCGUUGGAGUCCAACAGUGUUCUGGAGAAGCAGUCGAAACAAGUAGGAAAGCGCAUGGCGAGCAUGCAAAAAGAGUUUGCCGAUGCUGUCGCGGAGAAAGAUGAGUUGCUUCGACGGCAACUGGUCGAUGCCGAACAUAAAUUUAACCAGCAAUUGCUCGAAAGAUUGGCCACCUCAGGAAAUGGAGUCGCACCUGAAAAAGCGUCAAACAAAAAUGGUGGUGGUGGUGAUCAGCUGAGUUUGAUCGAAACGAUUGAACAGCUCUCAGCACAACUGGACAACGAACAGCGAGAGCAUGAGCAAGACGCGUACAAAGUGCAAGCGCAGCACCAACAAGACCUCGCCCGGGUCUACGAUCGCCACAAAAUGGAAACCGAAGCGCUGCGUAUUUCGAUGCGCCAAGGGGUGGAUGCAAUGGAGGAGCUGAAAACGCAAUUGUUUGCGUGUCAGAACCAGCUCCAAGUGGCCCAAAGCCAAACCAAGCAGGUCAAGGCGACCUUACACGACGUCCAACAUCAAAAGAUUGAAUUGGAAGAGCAAAUGGCGAACCUGGAGAAGAAACUUCAGACAGUUACAUCAAGCGAAGCCAAGGCGGCGACACCGUCGGACUCGUCGGUGGAAAAACUGCAGCACAAGAUUGACUACCUCAAAGCCCAACUAGCGUCCGAAAUCCGAUGCAAAGAAGAGCUUGGGUCGAACGUGGCCACGUUAACUGUCAACAUUGACGCGCUCAAGAAGGACCGGAAAAAACUACUGGCCGACGCCGAUGAAAGCCAUCGCAAGAUGCUCGAGCGGGUCGAAGAACGCCAUCGUCAAGAGCUUGAGAUGGUCAAUUCACAAAACGCUUCGUUGCAAGGCAAACUCGUGCAAUUGCAAGCCAACGUGACGGAUUUGGUGGGCGACUUGUCCACAGCGCGCAAUAAAGAAGACAACGCCAAGCUGACGACGGAAAAGUUAGCCCUGGAAGGGGUCCGGCUGCACACUCGGAUAGCUGAAUUGGAGCUCCAGAACGAAGAGCUGCAAGAAAGCGUGAACGGCACCAAGAGCUCCAUGGACGAUGCGGCCCGCGCCAACCUCGAAGCAACUUUGCGGCGCCUAACACAUGAGCGGCAGUACCUGAAAAACCAAAUGGAUGGCGAAUGUCGGUCCAAGGAAGAGGCGGAAGCCAAGUGCAAAGACCUGCAAGCUCAAUUAUUGACCGUUCAAACGGAAUGGAAACAAGAAGUCGCCGCCUUGAAACUCGCGACCAAGGAACGCGAGGCGGCGCUGCAAGGGCAACUGGCCAAAACCGAGGAGAGCGCGCUGGUAGUGCACGGGGAACUGACCAGUACCAAGCACCAGCUAAACGAAACCAAGCUGGCUCUGUUCAAGACUCGGGAACAAGGCCACAGCGACCAAACGGCGCUCGAGUCGUGUCGAGCAGACUUGACACACAUGAAAGCCAUGCUUAUUACCGCGAAAGAAGAACUGGUUAAAGAGCGCGAACGGGGCCGAGUGGCCAGCGACCGCCAAACAAAGUCCGUGGCCUCGAUCAAAUCGUCGUUGAUCCAAGUCGAAGCCGACAAAGCUCAAGCGAUCGCAGCUUUGCAAACCGAGAUACAGGCAGCCUUGGCACAACUCGCCACGUCCCAUGCAACGGUUGGACGGCUGGAACAAGCGAGUAUUGUCCAGGCCAGGCAUCACGCGCGGGCACUGGCAUUGCUUCGUGUCGCGAGCUCGACAUCGACACGGGAAUCCCUGCGACUGCAGCGUCAGUGGUGGCAAUGGGUCGUACACUGCCAGACGUUACGUACCUUGCACCAACAGGGCGUCAAGAUGGCCGACACCCUCAAAACGCGAGAGGCCGUAUGGUAUCAACGUCUUGAGGCUACGUGCAGUGACUUAAACACAAAAAGUCAAGCCGACAAGACCGCGGCAAUGGCAGAAUUGAAUGAACUUCACACUGUCGCUCUGGCUAAUAUACGGACCCAUUUGGAGCAGCAACGCGUCGAUGCCGUGAGCAUGAUGGAGAGUCAGCUGCGAACAGAGCACGACGAUGCCGUUCGGGUAAUGACAGCCCAACACGGCGACGAAAUCGAUCGAUUAGAAGCGCAACAUGCACACACUAUCCAGUUACUGCAAGAAGCCGCCCACGCUAACGACUUGCGGUCCGAAGCCGCACUUGCAGACGCCCAACGUGCGUCGGAACAGCGCGAGAGACAGCUGCGCACCGACAGCACAAACGAGUUGACUCAAACCAUGCGCGACAUGGAGGUGGCGAACCUAAGCGAACUCCAACGCAUGCGCAACGAAGCCCAAGCGAACAUGCGACAGGUUCAAGACAGGCAUGCGGACGAGCUGGCGGACGUUGCGGCGAAGGCGGGAGCUGAACUCCGUGACAGACUUUGUCAAGCUACGGAGCGCCAACACAUGAUUGCAAACGAGCGCGACAGUGUCUGGGUCGCGCAAUGUCGACAGCAUGUGCAAACUCAAAGCAAUGAGCUAGCUGCUUCGCACCGUGAAGCCAUGUACGUACUGACGUCGCAACACGCGCAAGAAGUGGCCGAUGUAGCCCAACAUUGGACCACACGCCUGGGCGAUGAGCGGACGGCGCAUGCAGCUGCCCUUCAAGAGCUACGACAAGUGCUGGAGGGCAAAGUGGCCGCAGAAGUCGAAUCCUGUCGUCGCGAUAUGCUCGAGCAAAAGGGAACGGCAGUAAUGACCACGACGGCCAAGUGGCAGCGGGCAUUGGCAGACACGAACGCACGACUUGAAGUGGAAAAAAAGGUGGCGUACGAUAAAGGAGUUGCCGACCGCGAAGCCGAGUGGCAGCGAGCUGCACUGCUCAUCAAAGCGGCUCAAAAGGAAGAGAUGGCUUUGUUGGAGUGCGAUUCCAAGGAAGCGCUGAAAGUGUGCGAGGAAAAGUUUCAGCUGGCGCUGGCAACCAAGACAGCGCAGUUGCAACAAGCUUGCGACAACGCGAUCGCGGCACACAAGAAAACUGCGCAAGAGGCGCUGGACGAAGCAGUGGCGUCUACUCGCGACGCAGUCGAGCGAACGACAGCAAAAGCUGUGGAGGAUGAGUGGCGGGAAAAGCUGCUAGCGCAAAAAGUAGCCCUCGAAGAAGCCUUGCAGCAAGCCUGCAACGAGGUGGAAGCACGGGUGUUGCAAACCAGUGUGGAGCAGCAUCACGUGGCUUUAAAGCAGUGGGAAGAGGCCAAGGCGGCUGAAUUGGCCAAAGUGCAGUCGACAUUGCGAGGACAAUUUGCACAGCAAACUCACGACAGUGAGAUGGCGCUUCGACGGGAGAAGGAGAUUGCUGUGCAAGCCGUCAACGACCAAUGGGCUAUGAAACUGGAUGCGGAGCUGGAGGUCCAACGAAAUGAGGCCCAAGUGCAGUUACAAGCAGAAAUCCACGCCUGUGCCGAAUCCGCAGCCAAACAACAUGAAGAACAGAUGGCAUUGGUACAAGAAGAGAGUGAAAAGUUGAUCGAAAAGGUGGAAUCGGCAAUGCUGCAGUUGAAAAAGCAAAAGGAGUCGACAGAGCAAGAGCUGACAAGUGUACAGCAAGCCUUGGAAGAGGCCGAAGACGCAUCGUUUGACCUCCAAGAGGAGUUGGCCACGGUCAAGAAGCAGCAUGUGUUUCGUCAUGUCAUGUUGGUGCAUUCUGGCAUGCGAAAGCUGCAGCAUUUGGAAGACGAAGUCGACUCAAAAGACUUGGAGAAGCGAACCCAAGUGGCGGAAUGGCAACAAAAACUGGAGGCCACCACAAAAGCCAUGAACGAACGAUUAGAUAAUGCACAGGCUGCCAGCGGCAAACUCGAACAAGUGUAUGGCAACGUGUACGACACGCUGGUGAAUUACAAGCGAGACCAACUGGUGGCUCACCGAAGCGCGAGCAACGUCGUGACCAGCGAGCUCAGCGUCCUACAGGCCCAAAUUGCCGAAGUCGUCAAGACGAAAUCUGAGGGCGAAGAUGAAGUUCAAAAGGCUCUGGCUGAGUUAGGGUCUCUUGAAGAAGAAAUUGGCGCUAUUCAGCUGAUGAAGGAUGGACAUGUGAACCAGGCCCAAGUGGCUCGCAAACGUCGAAUGCACCAGGAAAUGGAAGCCAUGCUGGAGGGCAUUGAAACCAAGCGAACGAGGGUGCGGACGAUUGAGACCAAACAGCAGGAACUGCAAAGCCUGCACAAGCAAAAGGAAGACGAGAUGAAAGGCCUGGAGAGGCAACUCGUGCAAAUCCUUGUGGAACAGCAAAAACAAUUGCUCACCCUCGUGACUAGUGUCAAGACUACUAGCAGCAGCGAUCGAAGUAGUAGCGUUCCAGCAUAACACGAAAUUUCAACCAACCACGGGGAUUCCAUGUAGUAGCGCCAGUACAUCUUAAUGAUUAGUGCAGUCUGUCGUUUGCG